AUGGGACGAAAAUCUAAUGUUAAAGAUCAUAUUAUUUCGCCUCCAGAAACAAAUGGUACUGAUACUAACGGUCUAUAUGAAAAACGUCUUCGUUCAUGGAAACGAAAACCAACUUCUUCGAAACGCAAUCAGAUACCUGUUUCAUCUGUAGUUGAUACUGACGAAGUCUUACCUCUUGCUAAAUCAACUAUUUAUACUUAUCCAAUCAAUAUCAAUAAUGAUCAUCGACAACGUAUUUUAUCCAAUACAAUCAUGUCCGAUAGUUUAACUACUGAUAGUGCUUUCUAUUGUUCAUCGAUAUCAAAUUCUUCUAUUCAAACAACUGCUGAUUUAAAUAAUAAUCAUGUGACAACAUUAAAUGUAGACAAUAGAAAAAGAAAAAAUUCUGCAAUACUAUAUGAAAACCUUUCCAGUCAGUUUUCACAAAUGAAUAGAUCAGAGAUAUUAUCCAAUCCGAACGAUGAAAAUAGUAUUAUUGAACAGCAAUCAUCAACUACAAAUCGACAUUUAACAUGUAUAUUUAUAUUUCAAAUAUUUUCGUUUGUCAAAACAAAUUAUUCAAUAUUUUUAGAUCAUCAAAAUCCAAUAAAACGAUCACGUUUAUCUACUGAUGAUUCUAUUAUUAAUAGUGAUAUUAUUGAUAUUAAUCAAUUAGAUCAACAAGAAUCUUUAUCAUUAUCUAUAAAUAAUUCUAAUUCAAUGGAAACAGCUGUUAAAAUGGUUCAACCAAUUGUUGAUAUCAUAUUUCAUGCAUUUGAAGAUCAACUUAAAAAUGCGCAAAUAAAAACGAAUCAAACAUUUCCUUCAAAUUCUUCAUUAACAAAUGUUUCACCGAAACAAUUACAUCCUUCUAAAAUAUAUCCGUACUUUCCUUUAACAUCUCCUACUCAUCCAAUAGUAUUACAUGCAGUUAAUUUCAAUAUACAAUUAACAACAAAAGAACCAACAGUAGUUUCUAGCGAACAAUAUUUAAUAAAUACUACAUCAAAUGAAAAUGAUUCUCUACAAACAAUCUUCUUGACUGAACUUAAACGAAAAGUAGCAUCGUGUAUUCUAUCAAAUAGCUAUGAAACAAAUGAUAAUCAUCAGGGACAACGACGUAAACUAAAACGUAUUGCUCAGUUAGCUGUAUUAGGUGUUAGUGUAUUAUGUGGCUAUUUACUUUUGUAA